GAACUCGAUCGCAAGGAAAAAACAAGAAGCGUACAUUGUCGUGUGGUUCGUCUUCGUUUGUGAUGGCCCGCACGGAUAUUAUAAUUAAGUAUGUGCUCGACUGUUCUCAGCACACUAAUCGGUCCCGAGAGCUUCGGUUUCAGGUCGUGCCGGAAGGUAAGGUAAGGUAAGGUACAAAAAAUGUCCACCACGAUGUCGUCCACUGUUGAUGUUGCUUUCUUGAAACAAACGAUUGCCAAAGGGCAACAAAGCCGGUCGCUGACUGGCCACGUUGUCCACAUCGUGCCGGAGAAAGGCUACGGCUUCAUCACCACUUCCACAACUGCCGACGAUGACGAGGAACGUGCCGACUACUAUUUUCAUUUCUCACAAGUGAAGCACAACACGCACCCGCAUAGGGGCGACUUGGUGUCUUUUCAUCCAGCGCCCACUCGUAGAUCAGGCAAAGGUCCGAGCGCUACAUGCGUUCGCGUAUUGGCCCCGGAGCAGCAAAAGCAAGACACAAUCGAAGUCCCAAGAGCACCCGCACCAAAAGCAGUAGUCGGCGAGACAUCACGAUCAACGGAGGCGAAGGUUAUGGAGUUGUCGCACACGGUGGAAAUUUUGCAGAAGGCGAAUGCGAAGCUACGCGAGGAGUUCGAGGCGCUCAAAAAAGGCCACGAGUUGAGAAUUGCACAGGUCGAAGCCCGGUCCCUGCGAAAUGAAACGGAUAUCGAGCUGGCCCGCAAGGACAAUCAACAGCUCCAACAGAAGCAGCAGCAGGACCUCGGCGAAGCGAUUCGCCACGUGGAAGAAGUCGGUCAGAAAGUUACGAACCUCCUCGAGACAAGUGUAAAGACGCAUUUGGCAGAGGCCUUGCAGGAUCAAGCCAAGAACAUCACAAGCAACAUAGUCCAGCAGCUCCAAGCUGCAGGCAUCGGCCCCAACGGCAACCACCAGCAGACCCAAAAGGAGACGCGGCGCCCCCCCGCCGCGCACCACGAAAACUCUGGCGGUGGUGAGGCCGCACAGGUGACGACUCCGCGUCGCCAAGGACAGCAGGCGAACACUGAACCCACUUCCGGUUCCGUUGAACAACAAACGCAAGAGCAGCGCCGCCUCGACUCUCCGUCGUCUGGACAGAAAAACGGCCUCAGUCCAUUACAAUCGGGUCCGUCGCUGUCUCGAAAGAAGUUGGCGAAGACACAGGAGGGAAAGAGACUAGAUUUCAAUUAUGAAAACACACCCACCUAGCAAGAUUUGCUUUGCAUGUUCAGUUCACGUUGUUGUUCAUUGGAGGCUUUGUUAUCCAUUUUUCGAGGUAGGAAAAGGUAUAAGUAAAUCCAAAUUUUUCGAGGUAAGUUAAGGUAAAACGUCGCUCGCUAUUACUCGUUUUAAGGUUGGUCCAAGGCUCCCCAGUGCAAGUUUUUUGAAAGGUUUGUGUGGUAGGUUUAUCUUCACGUAGGUAAGGUCCCCCAGGUUUCCCUAAGGUUCUGUUGUCUGCUGAAAAAGGAAGAAAUUUUGAACGAAACGCGAACACUUCUCAUUUUACGACCGAUCCUGGAGCUGCGAGUGCGUUGUAGCUUCAGUUUCGAGUCCGAGUUGGGGGGCAGAUAGACGCCCACCACUCGAUCCUUCCAUGUCCAU